CACAUUUCUUCUUUCCUCCGUAGUAUCUAGAUUAUGCAGAGCUCACAUUCAUUCUCCUUGCGUCCUGGGUGUAUUCAAUAGUUUUAGGUUUUAAUUUAAAUCUCUUGAGCAUCAAACAAUUCCAGAUUAUAAUUGUAUGCUCUUAGGGUCAAUAGUCAAUUAUUUAUAGAUCUCAUUUCUCAAUACUUCUGAAUUUCAAGUCCCCUGUUUUACUAUUUGGGUUUCUCAUAUGGCGAUUGUGGACCGAGUUGGGGAUGGUGGAGAUAUUACUGAACAUCACUUACGACAGAUAAGUGAUUUAAUAUAAUAGAAGAUUUCACAUAAUUUUAAAAUUUCAAUAUUGAUGUGUGAGUUGUUGAAAUUUAUUACGGAGUAUUCCUUAGAUAAUACGUACGGAGUAGUAUUUAAUACGUAGUAAGAUUUUAAGAUUUGAAAAUAAGGCCUUUUCCUCAAAUAAAAUUAGUAUUUCAUAAACUGAUACGGCUCAUACCUUACGUUUUUUCACGUUUUGACGGUGAUUUUUUUAGCCGGCGCUAAAUUAAAAUUUUAGGCGGAAAACUUAUUUUGAAACUUAGUUUUCAUACUAAUUAGGGCGACCUAUAUAUCCACCCAACUCUAAAUUACGAAGUACGAUAGUAUUUAGCAACCGAGUAUCAAAGCCGCCUUUCACCUCUGCUUUAACAUUCUGGUAUGGCGUAUCUCUUUGCGAUCUUUUUUAUUAUUCCGAAGAGGUGUGUAUAUCAAUAUUUGUUCCGUUUUCUAUGCGAAGAGUCUCUUAAAUCUGGUGAUUUCUGUUAGGUAAUAGUUGAAAUCAUAUAAAAACUAUAUGCGUGUAUAAUUUGGUGUGCUCAAAUCAUUCAAUUCAAUGUCAAAUAGUCAAUCUUGAAAAUUUGUGUUUUUCGUUUCCGAUUAAUGGACCUUUUGAUGCUUUUAAUUUGUUUCAUAUAUAUAUGUAUAUAUAUAUUUAGUUUGUUUCAUAUUUAUUCCUAAACUGUGCUAAAUGCUAAGUUAUAAAAUUAUUGUAUUUAAUUGCGUAUAGUAUUUUCAUCUCCAUAAUCUAGAACCCCAGAAUUGUGAGUACAAACCAACCAUGGCUAUUACUAAUCCGAAGGGUUUGAACAUGAGAUUAUUAUCAUAGUUCUCUGCAUGUUUGAAUCCAAAAAUUACUGAACUUUCUGAAGUAGUGGCAGAAUGUAGUAUAGAUGUAAUAAGCCUUGUUUCUAUUGUGCAUUUUGAUACUAUUAUUUAAGAUUCUUGAUUUUCAAACUUGCUUGAUUCAACCACAUUUGAGUUUUCGUUUCAGUUAAGGGAUGGCUCCUGGAGUUAAGGAAAAGCAUCAAGUGAAAAGAAAACUAAGCACAUCUCAACCAGAUCCUAGACACAAUGCAUCAAAGAAAGCUACACCAAAGUAUGUGACUGUGAGUGGAAUUAAAGGAUUGUUGGAAAAAAGAAAUAUGACAUCUAAUGGUGAAAGUUCUUGUACAAGAAAUGAGACCCUUGUACAAAAUAUUUCAUCUAAAAGAUGUGAAACAACUACAACACAAUUAAGUCCGGAGCGAGAGGAUACUCUAUCAAUUCAUAGUCAUGAAAGUGCAGCAAAUUGCAGUCCUCAUAUUACAUCACCAGAAACCCACCUCGAAGGAGUUCCUCGCUCCAAGAAAAGAGGUCGGGGUCAGACAAUGGGAAAGGGCAUUAUGAAGGCGUUUGAGGCAUCCAAGACAAAGAUGAAGAUAACUGUGGAUACAUCCAUUGGAAGACCUAAAAAUGGUGAGCAGUCAGCAAAGCUGACUAGUCAAAUUGGCAUUGUGACUCGUGAUGUGAUUCCGGUUCCUAGAAGGUGGAAAGAAGUAGAUGAGGAAAAUGGUCUAGGACCUGGAUUUGAUCACAUACAGAUGCAUAUGGAUGUCAAUGUUGGUGAUCCGGGUGUUAAAGAAAGCUUGAUUGAAAGGUUGAAAAAUAGUUCUCGACAAAAGCGUCACAAGCUACAUAACCAUUUCAAAAAGUAUCAAACAAUGGAAUUGGCUAAAAGUAAUAAGCCCACAUUUUGCCUAAACCAAGAAAAUUGGGAAUCAUUGUGUGAUUAUUUUGCAUCACCCAAAUUCAAGCAAUCAAGUGCUACGAACUCAAAAUAUAGGAAACUUGUGUGAGCUCCACAUAUUUCUGGUAGGUCGCCUUUCACUGUCUGAAGACAAGAAAUUUCUCAAAAGGAGCUAGAUGGAGAUACCUGUGAUAGGAUUGAGCUCUAUAAACGAACUCAUUUCUCAGAGAAAAAUGGUUGGUCAUCUAAAGUAGCAGAAGAGAACUGGGAGUUGAUGAAAAAGAAACAAGAACAAUAUAAAGAAGAGGGAUGUGAUAAGAGUACAGAUGAUAUUGUUCUUGAGGUUCUUGGUCAUGGAGCUGGCUACAUCAAAGGCCUUGGAUAUGGUCCUAAACCUGUUAGCAGACGCAACAAUAGUCCUAAUUCAUAUGCCACCCAACAACUUCAAAAACAACUUCAAGAGUCCCAACAAAAGUUAGAAAUGGCUGAAUCACAAGUUGGCGGGCUUAACGCUAAAGUGGAAGAUACUGAAAAGGAAGUGCUUGUUUGAGAAAUCAAUUAGCUGCACAAGCUUCAAACAUGGAAAAGAUAAUGGCGUUUAUGGCUGUUCAAGGAAUGCCUUUAUAAGCCUUAAGUUAGGUUAUUUAAAUAUUCAUUUAUUUUUUCUCAUUAUUUGAUAUUUACAUUAGGUAUUGGAAUGAUUUGGAUGUUCACGUAUCUUGAAUAUUAUGUCUUAUUCUCAUAAGACACUGAAGUUUGAUGUUAGUGGUAUUAAGAAUAAUUUUUUUUAAUUACAGAAGUUCUAUUACUAAAUGUUUGG